AUGGAUUGUGUUGAUACCCACAGAAUACCAUCUGUCUUGGCUGCUGGUGGUGCUGUACUGCAUGCCCUUGUGCGUGUGGAGCUUACAAAUGGCAUUCUGUUGACUGGCCGUAUUGUUGAGUUUGAUCCUGAAACUAUGAAUAUGAAGUUGGAUGCUAUUUCAGAUACAGCAGUGCGGCGAUUACAUCAUCAAACUCCACCUUCUUCUUCUUCACAUGGUAGUAGCAACAGCGGCAGUAAUAAUAAUAAUAAUAAUAAUAGUAAUAGUGGUGGUAUGAAGAAUACGGGUAAAAAGAAUCAUACAGUGGAGUUGGAGAGUGAUCCAGUGGCGCUUCGGUGUAUUAGUAGUAUUGUGGUCCGUGGCUGUCAUGUGCGUUAUUUGGAUUUUGUGAAUGAAGAAGCCAGCGGAGGACGUGGACUGCAGGAAUUAAUUGCGGCCGUGCGAGAAGUACGACCAGCAUUAGCGUAA